UACCACGUAAGUUGCAGUCGGAACGAAAAUCCUAUUUUAUGUGUGAUAUUCAAUUGCUGGAUACCGCUGCAAUAAAUUAAUAAUUACUCGCCGAAUCUGCUCGCGUAUCAUAGACCCCUGCUGUGCAAGGAGAUCUUCCAUAGACUUUACGUAUCCAGACGAUUUUUCUCUUAAAACUUUGUUUUUAAUGUCAGGAGGAUACACGAAUGGACCAGGCAGAAGCUGCAACAUGUUGAACCGAAGCAGGGAACGGACGUCAUGUCUGCUCCCGAUCCCUGCCAACCCAAGCACCGCUUCGUGUUCUUAAAGAUCCACAAAACCGGUAGCUCCACCAUCGCCACGAUGCUGCAGCGCUACGGCUACCGGCGCGAUCUAAACUUCGCGCUGCCCAGCGGAGCAGUCCACUAUUUCCCAAUGAGCAACCAGCGGUACCGUUUUGACACCCCGCGGUUAGUGUUCCAGUGGGACCUGACGGACAGGAGCGGCGCCCUGGUCUGGCCGGCGCUGGGCGGUUACCAAGUCUUGGUGAAUCACGCUCUGUACAACCGUACUGUGGAUGAAAUUCUUAUCCCAAACGCCGUAUAUUUCACCAUGAUUAGGGAACCCCUCGCCCGAACCGAAUCCUUCUUCAGGUACUUCCUUUUCGACCAGGCAGUACCCCACAAGGCCAACGAAGACCCUCUUGAAGUCUUCAUGAGGGACCCCCAAAGACACACCCAGAAACUGAGCAACAACAAAUGGACCAAGUAUUUCAGGAACGGCCAGUUUUUCUCUCUGGGGUUGGAGCGGGAAGAUUACAAGAAUCUCCGGGCGGUAGAGGCUGCCAUCGACUCGCUGAGUCGCGGCAUGGACCUGGUGAUGCUGAACGAGUACUUCGACGAGUCAUUGUUACUCCUGAAAAAGCUCAUGUGUUGGGAUUUCCAAGACAUCGUUUACAUCUCCAAAGCGGUUCGGAGACCCAGCGGAAACCACACAAGCAUCCCAGCGGGGCUGAGAGACCAAAUUCUCCGGUGGAACGCGGCUGACCUGAGGCUCUACCAACACUUCAACCGGACUUUCUGGACCAAAGUCCAAAAGUACGGUCCGGAAUUUGGGCACGAUUUGGACACGUUUCGGGCGAUGAAGGAAUCCGCAACGCAAGCGUGCAUGGCAACGGGGAGCCGCCAGUGGGAUUGGCACAACUCCAGCUACUGGAAAUUGCCGCCAAAUGCCAGCGAGAAAUGCCGAGAUUACACGAGAGAUGACAAAGCUUGGGUCAUGCUUAUAAGAUCGCGCAUGCGCACAAAAAGCAGCGCUUUCAUCAAAUACAGAAAUGGAUAAUAAACAGAACCUUUCCACAAUCAACUGUUAAUUUCUCUACAGCGUACUUGAUAUAGAAAAAGAACAAUUCUCAAGAAUGAAAAGAAGUGAAUGCUUCAGAUUUUAGGUAUUUACUAGUCAUUUUUCAAAGCUG